AUGGAUGACAUCAUCCUCACUGGAAAUGAUGCAUCUAUCAUUCGUAUCUUCAUUGUUCGGCUUAAUAAAGAAUUUCUUAUUACGGAUCUUGGCAAGUUGAGUUAUUUUCUUGGUCUUGAUGUUUCCUAUCAUGAUAUUGGCCUCUUUCUUAGUCAAUCUAAAUAUGCUCAUGAUUUGUCCUAUGUUGUUAAUCAAGUCAACCAGUUUUUACAUGCUCCAACGGAAGAUCACUUUCAAGCUGUCAAAAGAAUUAUUCGUUAUGUAAAAAGCACAAUUUCUUAUGGUCUUUCCUUUUCUCGUGCUUCAUCACCAACUAUUUUAGGCUAUUCAGAUGUCGAUUGGGCUCGUUGUAUUGAGACCUGUCGUUCUACUUAUGAUUACUCUAUCUUUCUUGGUGGCAAUUUGGUAUCUUGGGGUGCUAAGAAACAACCAAUUGUGUCUCGUUCAAGUUGUGAAUCUGAAUACAGGGCUUUAGCGAAUGCUGCUUAUGAGAUCAUAUGGAUUACUCAUCUUCUAAGUGAAUUGUGUUUACAGAAACUAUUGAAACCGGUUAUUGAAGGUUUCCGGCAAUUUCUUAUCUCCGGCGACUCUCCGCAGCAGCAAGCAGCAAGAGGUGGUAAUGGUGGUUUACCGGCGGCAAAAGGGAGGUGA